AUGUGGCCAUGGGGAAGCCAAACAACUACGAGCAGCUCACCUACGGUGGCAGCACCAGCACCAGCACCGGAAGAGACGAAAGUAUCGUAUUUUGAACGCGUCGUGGCCGAGGAGGAACGAAACCUCCGAUUGGUUCAUCCGACACCUGAAGAAACACCAAGUUGUCUGAAUUUGUUUGACACGUAUCUCAGCUGUAACUCUAUGCGAUCACAGAUCAAGUCGUAUUACAGAUCUGGUGAAGGGACACGAUGUUCACAGAAAUUGGAGGACUGGAAGUUUUGUAUGGGAUUGAAAUGGCUCGAACCCGAGGAACGACGAGAACAAUGGAUCCGACGACGAGCAGAAUGGUGGGCUCGUCGACGGGUGGAGGGGAAAUGCAGCGAAGAUGUGUGGGAAAUACGGCGAGAGCCACUGGAGAAUUACCCACGGGUGUUGAGGCUGGAGGAAAUUGAGCAGCGGGGGAUGUUCUAG